GAAGUAAAAUUUGUGUUACAUUAAUAGAAUUAUAAUAUAAAGUUAAAUUCAUAAUUUAUUUCCUUGACGUUGAUUUUUUGGCACAAUUAUUUUUCCGUAGUCUUGACAAUUACGCAGUUGUUAUCAUCUGGCACCUUUGCAUCGAAUUACAUAAAAAGGGGAGCUCUCCAACCAUGUUCUCUCAGUCAUUUUAGUGAUUUGGCUCCAAGCAAAUUUACAUUUCGUGUUUAACCGUGAAUAAAUCUUUCGGUCUUUCCCAUGUGUCUGCGAAUGUGAAAUUAAACAAUUUUUUUAUUACGCAAAUACCGUGCAAACUUUCCGAAGAUGUUCAAACACAAACAGGAUAAACGUAAACUCUGAUAUUCGGCCCAUAUCUGGUCGUUGCUUCAUUGUUGAUUGAAGGCGAACGUAACCCGCGUGCUAAACUGAUAUUUCAGUUUUUCACUUUGGCGGAAGCGGAAUAAUCCCCACUGCACACAGUUCAAUGUUAGAAUUCAUCAAGUUCAACUCAGAAUUGGAAAAAACAACACCUUGCCAAAGUAAACGGUUUCGAUUAUAAAUAUAAAAAAUCUUUUGACAGCAAAAAAAUCCAGUUUAAGAAAAUUGACAAACCAUAAUAUACGCCAAAGGAAAAAUCGUAUCAAGAACACCAACAUAGCUCGGAAUUCAUAAGCGUCAAUCAACAAAUCUAUAUCUGCGCUCGCAUAUACGCGCAUUACAUAUAACUGACGGGGUGAAUUAAUCAGCUGUGAAAAACAAGUAAAAGUGCAACAAGAUUUAUUGAGUGAGUCAAUCUUCUGUAAGUUGGUCAAAAUGGAGUGCAAGGACGAAACAACAGAAAAUGUCAAUGGCAAACUAACGAAGGAACAGUCCAAACAAGAGGACAUUGAAAAGAAAAUGGAUGAACAAAAACAACCCGAAAAGACAUCGCCAAAGUUAAAUCCACGAGCUGGGUUGAAGCUGGCCAAAACAAAUGGUGCCUCUAAAAAGCGUGUUUAUAAAGUAGUGCUAACAGGCGGUCCAUGUGGUGGGAAAACAACUGGCCAGUCACGUCUGUGCACGUUCUUUGAAAAUUUAGGCUGGAAGGUAUUCCGUGUGCCUGAAACGGCUACCGUGCUCCUCAGUGGUGGCGUUAAAUUCUCGGAUCUCACAGAUAAAGAAGCUUUCAAGUUUCAAGAGAAUCUUAUACGUACAAUGAUACAAAUCGAGAACACCUACUUUGAGUUGGGACAAUCGAGUCUGCGUGAUUGUUUGAUUAUCUGUGAUCGUGGCGUCAUGGAUGCCAGUGCUUAUAUCUCGAAAGAAAAAUGGGAGAAAAUGAUGUCAGCGAAUAACUGGAAUCCUAUAGAAUUGCGUGAUAAUCGUUAUCAUCAGAUUUUGCAUUUGGUUUCCGCAGCAAAUGGCGCUGAAGACUUCUACACAACUGAGGAUCAUGCCUGCCGCUCUGAAGGUGUUGAUAUGGCACGUGAUUUAGAUUACAAAUCUGCAGCCGCCUGGGUCGGUCAUCCAUAUUUCGAUGUCAUUGAUAAUUCAACAAAUUUUGAAACCAAAAUGAAUCGCCUAAUCGAGGCAGUGUGUCAAAAAGUCGGCAUCGAUAUUGGUGAUCGUCUGCUUGCCACCUCAAGAAAACUCAAAUUUCUCGUCGCCACACUACCACCCGACUCCGAAUUUCCACCGUUUCAAGACUUCGAUGUUGUACAUCACUACUUGCAAUCCUCAGGACCAAAAGUACAAGCGCGUUUGCGCAAACGUGGCCAAAAGAAUCACUGGAGCUACAUACACACAAUACGCCGUCCCAAUGUGCACGGACAGUCGCGCAUCGAGGUGAAAACACAGCUAACGCAUCGCGACUACAUGAACCUGUUGGCGCAACGCGACGAUGCACAUUUCACCAUCUACAAGCGACGUCGUUGUUUCCUCAUCAACAACCAAUAUUUCCAAUUGGACAUCUACAGAGAACCCAGCCAUCCACGUUGCAAGGGUCUGAUCCUUUUGGAGACCUACUCAUCACACUCGGGCGAUGCGCUGAAAAAUUAUAUGCCCAAAUUUUUGAAUAUCGUCAAAGAGGUCACUGGUGAUCCAGCAUAUUCGAUGUUCAAUUUGUCAUUGCGCGAAGACUGGAGCACGACAAAGAAAUUUUGGCACCCAAUGCCCGAAGAAGCCACAACAGCUAAUGGCAGUAAAAUAAAGCAAUCGAACGGAGUAUCGAAUAUGCAAUUGGUACUUAAUGGUCAUGCCAAGGGUUAAUUAAUUAAAUAGACAAUAUACUUCAAGAGUCAUUAUGAACGCCUUCAAAUGAUUUUUUAAGCAAAACAGAUACAUAUAUACUUACUUAAAUUUAUACAAACAAAAUUUUAAUAUCAUCACCCAGCUCACUCAUAUAGAUUAUGUAGUAGAUGUGUUUUAAAGAUAUUCUCAUAAUGUUUUUCCCUACUUUUUUGGAAAUUUUUAAUAACAACGCUUUAAUGAUAUAUUAUAUAACUGUUUUACGCAGAACUUAAUUGUUAAAGUAAUUAUGUGUAAUGCGAAACUUUUUUUUUUUUACUUAAAAGCGCUUUACUUAAAGUAUAUACAUAUAUACGCUAUACACUCAUUUAUAAUUAUGUAAUACACACGAGUAUAUUGAAGGCUAUGCAAAGUGAUUAAUACUUGAUCAUUAUAUAAUAGUUAUGGAGAAUACGCAGCUAGUUGCUUGCAGUUGUCCUACUAUUUUUGAUGAUUUAUUGUGACUUUGAAACCAUGCACGGACUGUGAAUGAAAUAAAAAUAAAAAAAAGCAAGUUAACCUAUGCAAACUAUAUUUAAAAUAUUUAAAAAAUAAUUAUACAUAUGACAUUUCGUUUUAUUUGUCGACCAUACUAAUAUUAAUUUAUAUUCUCAUGUAAUUGUUGCACAUUUACUCUUUUACCAUAAACAAAAAACCAAAAGCAAAAAUGUAGAACUGCAAAGCAAUAAAAAGCUUAAAUUGUUAAAACAGCAAGUGAAAUAUCGGCAAAAUAUUUAUUAUGUAUGCUUUAGCUUAAACAAAUUUGUAAGAAAAAUUAUAAAAUUGUGAACAACAUGAAUGCAUGUAAAAUUUGUUAGCUUGCCAAUUUGUGAUUUUCAACCCAAUGAAACACAAGUGUGGUUAGACAUAAAGUCUUUGUAAUUUUGAUUUUUAGUAAAGUUUUCAAUUUGAUAAUUUAUAGAUUGAGCGCUGACCAUCAUAAAAAAACCUUUUAAACUAAUUUUUAAAAUAAGCAAAAACAAAAUUAUUAAAUUUAAAAUGUGCUCUUGUAUUUGUAAAUGAUAAAAAAAAAAUUGUUAUUAGUAAGUAAACAAAAAAAUAUUAGGAAAAAAGAAAAAACAAAUAGUAAGAGAAUCUAUUUAAAAUUCAUCAAGACCAACAAAAAAAGUAAAUAAAGUCACUAGAACACCAAACAAAAAGAA